GCGAGCGGCGGGGUGAACAGAGGGAAAACGCAGGAGAUGCGGAAAGACUUUUAGUUAUGCUUAUGUGAAAUAAAUUAAGAUCGCAUGACGUGUAAAGAAGAACUUGAUAUUUAAUAACCAGUGGGGAGCCUUUUUGGCGUUAACGCUGCUCUUGUCGGUGUGUCAAAAGUGUUUAACCGCAGAACAUUGUGAAUUAAAGAGGCAGCGGGUCAGUAGUUGGGAUGUUGGCGGCGGAAAGUUCAUCUGUGGACGAACAUUUGGCAGCAUCGACUCCCCACAGGAGAGGCAUGGAUUGCAAAGCAAGUAAUGCCAACAAGAAACUUAUUCAAGCUCGUCUCCCGUUCAAGCGCCUGAAUGCCGAACCUAAAGAAAACCAGCCGCCGAAGCGUCCCUGCACUCAUUCCUGUCCUGGACCAGCAGACCCGGACACGCAGAACGAGAACGAGUCGUCUCCUCUCUCCGAACGCAGCGGCCCGCCUUUGGUUAAUGGCCGCGGCCCGCUGGACGGCUUCCUGAGGCGCAGGUGCCCUGCUUCCUCUGCGUCCUCGGACAGUAAAGUGGUCAUCGACCUGACCGACGACGACAAAUCGUCCCCCGUAAAGCGCCGCGGCUCCCCUGCUCCGGCCGCUUCUCGUCCCCCAGCGAAAACCAAGCAGCAGCGCAAAGACAGAACAGGGGCUGCUGGGAAACACAAGGACGUUACUGACACUCCUGAAACACAGACUGCAGACUUCGUCUUAAUUACUGACGAAGAGGCGGAAGAAGAAGAAGAAGAAGAGGAGGAUCUCGCCACAUCUGUCUCCCAGCUGGAUACUACUACUCAGGAUUCAGACAGCGAGCCAGAGGAGCAGAAUGAGUCAGGAAAUAAGUCGACACAGUCGCCGUCAUCGGCCAGCUCCAUGUCUGAGAGCUCACCAGAAAACACCAAGACUGGCGACUCGACGCCAACCACUACACCUAAAGGCCCAAAGACCCCCACCACCCCUGAGAUACCAGCAGAGGAGAAAAAGAUCAAGAGGCGCUCAUUAAAGAGUUUACAAGAGCAAGAAGAGCGGUUACGGCUGCGACAAGAGAAGGAACGGCAGAAAGAAGAAGCCAAAGCUGCAAAGGAAAAGAAGAAAGAAGAGGCUCGCAUGCUCAAAGAGGAGAAAGAAAGGGAAAAACGGGAGAAGAAGGAAAAGGAGGAGCGGGAAAAACGGGAAAAAAAGGAGAAGGAAGAGAAAGAAAAGGCGGAGAGGCUAAAAGCAAAGGAGGAGCUGCGGAAAUCUAAGCUUGAGGCAAAGCUGGAGGAAAAACGGAAGAAGGAGGAAGAAAAGCGAAUGAAGGAAGAAGAGAAACGGUUGAAAGAAGAGAAAGAUCGCCUAAAAGCUGAGAAAGCAGAAAUUACUCGGUUUCUACAGAAACCCAAAAUCCAGCAGGCCCCAAAGACUCUCGCAGCUGCGUGUGGGAAGUUCGCUCCAUUCGAAAUUAAAGGGAACAUGUCUCUGGCGCCUCUGUGUCGGGUUCAGUGUGACGACUCGGUUCUGGAGGAGCUGGACCGGUGUUUGCUAAAACCUGCCGAAAACCUGAACGCACUGAAAGACUGGAUUGGACAAAAACCCAGACGGUCGGGACGCACCGAACACAGACAGGCGGACACGCUCGGGGACUGCAUAGCAUUGGACCCGUCUAAACCGGAUGACACACCGGACCGCAGACGCUACGGACCGAUGAAGCUGCUGCAGUUCCACGAGAACUACCGUCCAGCGUACUGGGGCACCUGGAGGAAGACGAGCUCACAUAUCUCUCCCCGCUGCCCCCUCAGGCAGGACAAGGAUUUGUUGGACUAUGAGGUGGACAGUGAUGAAGAAUGGGAGGAAGAGGAACCCGGAGAGUCUUUGUCUCAUAGUGAAGGGGAGGAGGAAGAGGAGGGUGGGGAGGAUGACGACGACGAUGACGAUGGCUUUUUCGUUCCUCAUGGCUACCUCUCAGACGAUGAAGGUGCUCUGGAGGAGGAGGACGGCGGCGACCUGGAGAAGCAAAAACUGCGUCAGACACUGAAAGCCAGAGAGUGGGACGAGCUGAUGUCCAGCAAGAAGAAGAUGAAGGUGCUGGAGGCCGUGGUCAGAGGCUGUGUGUGGGACGAAGACGGAGGCGGUCUGGAGGCCUUCCAGCCUUACGCUGUGUGUCUGAUCGACCCGUUACCCACUGUGGACAACAGCCCCACGCCCGCAGAGCUGCUGCAGAAGGGGCAGAGAGAGGAGCAGCUGCUAGGUCAGCUGCUCCCCCUGCUGCACGGAAACCCCAACAGCGUCAAAGUCAUCAUCUCUGAGUUCCAGGAGUUUUGCCGUCACCAGAGCUCCUCCUCGUCUUCGUCGUCACCGUCUGAGCUGCCCAGUCCUCAGAGCCCUCCAGAAAACGUCCCAUCCAGGAUACAGGUGAGGCGCCUCAUCAAGAGCAACGCCGUUUACGAGAAGCGCUCCUCCUUCAAGCGCUGCUGCUGGUACGUGCACGCCGACGUCCUGACCCGCUUCGGCCAGGACGCUCUCCCAGUGCCGUGCAAGUGGACCUACCUCACCGCCGGAGCGCGGGACGAGUCCCGCGAAGAGCCCCAGGCGGCCACGGGUUCCCAGGGAAACUCUCCGACCACGCCCCAAGCUGCCUCCGCCCAGUUGGCCUCCAACAAGAGGAAGAGCGCCGGUAGCAUGUCCAUCACUAAGUUCAUGAAGAGAUGCAACGAUCCUGAGCAGGUCGAAGCAGCGGAGACGGACGGUUUCCAGGCCGACACUGAGGAUGACUAUGACGAAGACUGUGUCAUUAUCUCCACACAGACCGCUCCCAAGAAAGAGAAGCCCUCCAGCGAGGAAGACUGUUCAAUGGUAGUCGACGCCUCUGAAACCGCCGCUCUCCCCGCCGCCACGCUCUCCUCAGCCUGAGCCAAUCACAGGCCGCUCUUCCCCUUUAGCUCUCCCUUCAUGACUCAUUAUUCUGCGUCCAAAGGAGACUCGAGUGUUCAGGCCACGUGACCUGUCGCCUCCUCAACGCCAGCAGAAGCCAGGCUGGGUGUUUUUGAAGUCCACCUCACCUGUUUCCCAACAAGGUGUCGUAGAUGUUUAGAGAAUAAAAGUUGAAAAUUGUGAAAAGAAUCAAAGCAAUUUAUCAGAGUCUUGUUAUUACUAAUGCUUGGGCCGAGAUGGAACAAGGGCAGAAAUAAAUGUUAUACGAAGCGUUAAGAACACCAAUAAUCACGGUUUUUGAAACCACAAACCUGUUUUUGUUUUUUCUUUUGUUUUUGUUUUCCUUUUGGUCCAAUUGUACAUAGUUUAUCAGAAGUUAGUGCUGGAAAACAAGGCUCCGAGUUCAUCUGUACAUUGUGAUCUUUACUGGUUUCAUUCAUGCUGCCUUUAUUGGAAGGGUAGAGAGAUCUGUAUGUGUACAGUUAGUUACAGUGUUGGUGUUUUAUAAAUAUAUGUAUUUUCUGUAUUUUCUCAAGAGUACUUGAACAGGAUAAAUUCAUUAAACAAAUAAAAUUACUGCACCUUUUAUAUAUAUAUUUUU